AUGGGUUCAUUGGUUAGUCGAAACGUUCCAGCAAACAUGAGCGGUACCGUAGCGGAAUUUGUAAAAAGUGCUAUCGUGAAGGAUAAGGUGGUAAUCUUUUCCAAGACCUACUGCCCGUACUGUACCAUGGCAAAGGAGCCCUUCAAGAAGCUGAACCAAGAAUACGCUUGUUACGAGCUGGACAAACGAAACGAUGGCGAUGAGAUGCAAUCUGUGCUGGGCGAGCUGACCGGUGGAAGGACGGUUCCAAGAGUGUUUAUCGAUGGCAACUUCGUCGGCGGCGGGACAGACAUCAAGAAGAUGUACGACGAUGGUCGGUUACAAAAAAUGUUGGCCUAA